UCCUAAACCUGUGCAGCUCGAUCUCUGCCUCGCGCGAGCCGAGGGGGGCACGGUCGCCAUUGCCAUUGCCCAAUUUGCCGUUUCGGCUUCGAGGGUGGCUGGCUAGCUAGCUAGCAUGGCGCGUGCGGCGGCGGCGGUUGCCGUGCUGGUGGUGGCGUUCGCCGCGGCGGCGACGGCGCAGAUGGAGAGCUGCAACACCGAGCUGCCGUUCGUGCUCGUCGGCAACUACUCCGGGCUCGCUUGCCAGCCGGUCUGGAACAACUUCGUGCUCCGGUAUCACCAGGACAAGAACAACGUGCUGAGGGUGGUGCUGUCGACGAUGUACAGCACGGGGUGGGUGGGGAUGGGGUUCUCCCGGGACGGUCUCAUGGUGGGCUCGAGCGCCAUGGUCGGGUGGAUCGGCCGGAAGGGGCUCCCCCACGUCAAGCAGUUCUCGCUGCGCGGCAAGACCAGCGGCAAGGUCGUCGCCAACCGCGGGUUCCUCGUCUCCAACGACCGCGACCACACCGUCGUCGUGCAGCAGGCCAGGAUCUACCUCGCCUUCCAGCUCAAGUUCUCCUACCGCCUCACCAGCCAGCACAUCAUCCUCGCCUUCGGCUCUAGCAUCCCCGUCAACAACAAGCUCACCAAGCACCAGGACAAGACCUCCUUCACCUUCGACUUCACCACUGGCAAGACUUUCACCGACGGGUCAUUCCCCUACGGUCUGAGGAGGGCACACGGGGCUCUGAACCUGUUCGCGUGGGGCGUCCUGCUGCCGAUCGGCGCCAUCCUGGCGCGCUACUUCCGGCGGAUGGACCCUCUCUGGUUCUACCUCCACGUCGGCAUCCAGUUCGUCGGCUUCAUCAUCGGCCUCGCCGGCGUCGUCGCCGGAGUAGCCCUCUACAACAAGAUCCAGGCCGACAUCCCGGCACACAGGGGCCUCGGCAUCUUCAUCCUCGUCCUCGGCAUCCUCCAGAUUUUGGCGUUCUUCCUUCGUCCCAACACCGACUCCAAGUACCGUAAGUAUUGGAACUGGUACCACCACUGGUCGGGCAGGCUGUUGCUGUUCUUCGCCGCCGUCAACAUCGUGCUCGGGAUCCACGUCGGCGGCGGUGACAACUCGUGGAAGAUCGGGUACGGAUUCAACCUCGCCAUCCUCCUGCUCGCCGUCAUCGGGCUGGAGUUCAUGCUGUGGACGAGGUGGUCCAAGGACAGCGAGCCCACGCCCUCGUACUAGGCGCAGCUAGCGCCGGCAGGGCACGCCGGCGGUCGAGGCGUCGAUGCCGCGAAUCCACACUAUUUUUUGGUUUUUUUUCUGCCCCCCUCCUGUGGGUGCUGAUUGUGUCUUAGCUCCACCUGCUGAUUGUGUCUUAGCUCCGGUGGUGUUGUGAUAUUUUUUUUUUGGGCAUUCUCUGUGCUGGUCGAUUUUCUCUACGUUGCUGUCAAAUGAAAAAGUGUAAGUGUGAGCAGGUGCAAUUGCACUAUUGAUAGGUUUAGCUUUUGUUUAUGAGGUGCGGUCCUGGUGAGCCCCGGUGUAUCCGAGGUGGAAAAUGACGUGCUUAAGCAGCAAAAGUCACCGCCGUUCACUGCUUACCAUAGACAGUAUAUUUCACGAUUUUCAGGACAUCUAAAUUUGCAAACUUGA